CGGCUCCGGCGCGAUGAUCCCGAGCGAGGAGGUGUCGGCCCGCAGGAGGGAGAUCGAGGACAAGCUCAAGCAGGAAGAAGAAACUCUGUCCUUCAUCAAAGAGAGCCUCGAGAAGAGUGACCAGCUCACCAAGAACAUGGUUUCAAUCCUCUCCUCCUUUGAGAGCCGUUUGAUGAAGCUGGAGAACUCCAUCAUCCCUGUCCAUAAACAGACAGAGAACCUGCAGCGCCUGCAGGAGAAUGUGGAGAAGACCCUGUCCUGCCUGGAUCACGUCAUCAGUUACUACCAUGUGGCCAAGGACACGGAGAAGAUCAUCAAGGAAGGCCCCACGGGGAGGUUGGAGGAAUACUUGAAUUGCAUGGACAAAAUCCAGAAGGCAGUGGAGUACUUCCAGGACAACAACCCGGACAGCCCCGAGCUGAACCGUGUGAAAUCCCUCUUUGAGCGGGGCAAGGAAUCCCUGGAAUCGGAGUUCCGCAGCUUGAUGACACGACACACCAAGCCAGUGCCACCCAUCCUCAUCCUGGACCUGAUCAGUGGGGAUGAGGAGAUGGACACACAGGAGGAGAUGUCCCUGGAGCACCUCCCAGAGAGUGUCCUGCACGACAUCAUCCGCAUUUCGGGCUGGCUGGUGGAGAACGGCAGGAAUCAAGAUUUCAUGACAGUUUACUUCCAAAUCCGCUCAGUGCAGCUCGACCGCUCCAUCAAGGGGCUGAAGGACCAUUUCCGUAAGAACAGCUCUUCCUCUGGGGUGCCAUAUUCCCCUGCCAUUCAGAACAAAAGGAAGGACACCCCCACCAAAAAGCCAAUCAAGAGACCAGUCCUCAUCCCAGGCACGAUCCGUAAGGCUCAGAACCUUCUGAAACAGUACUCUCAGCAUGGUCUAGAUGGGAAAAAGGGGGCCUCUAACCUCAUUCCUAUGGAAGGUCAUGAGCAUGACUUACGCGUUAAGCACCUUUCCGAUGCCCUGAGCGACAAGCACGGGCCGGCUGUGGGGAGGGACGACGUCUUCGACAUCGAGAUCGACGCGUACAUCCACUGCGUCAGUGCCUUUGUCAAACUGGCCCAGAGUGAAUACCAGCUCCUGACAGAAAUUGUCCCAGAGCACCACCAGAAGAAGACCUUUGAUUCUCUCAUCCAGGAGUCAUUGGAUAAUUUGAUCAUGGAGGGUGAUAACAUUGUCUCAGCUGCCCGCAAAGCCAUCAUCCGACACGACUAUUCAGCUGUGCUCACAAUCUUCCCCAUCCUCAAGCAUCUCAAGCAGAUGAAGCCAGAAUUUGACCAGGUCUUGCAGGGAACUGCAGCAGGCACUAAGAACAAACUGCCAGGGCUGAUCACUUCUAUGGAGACCACUGGUGCAAAGGCACUGGAAGAGUUUGCAGACAACAUUAAGAAUGAUCCAGACAAGGAAUACAACAUGCCAAAAGAUGGGACAGUUCAUGAACUCACCAGCAAUGCCAUCCUUUUCCUGCAGCAGUUACUGGAUUUCCAGGAGACAGCAGGUGCUAUGCUGGCAUCACAAGAGACCAGCUCCUCUGCCAGUAGCUACAGCUCAGAGUUCAGCAGGCGGCUGCUGAGCACCUAUAUCUGCAAAGUUCUGGGCAACCUGCAGCUUAACCUGCUUAGCAAAUCCAAGGUUUAUGAAGACCCAGCUUUGAGUGCCAUUUUUCUGCAUAACAACUACAACUACAUUCUGAAAUCUCUGGAGAAGUCUGAGCUGAUCCAGCUGGUGGCUGUGACACAGAAAACAGCUGAGAGGUCCUACAGGGAGCUCAUUGAGCAGCAGAUCCAGACCUACCAGCGCAGCUGGUUGAAGGUGACAGAUUACAUCUUGGAGAGAAACCUGCCUGUCUUUCAACCAGGAGUGAAGCUCAAGGACAAGGAGAGGCAGAUGAUAAAGGAGCGCUUUAAGGGUUUUAAUGAUGGGCUGGAGGAGCUGUGUAAGAUCCAAAAGGCCUGGGCAAUCCCAGACAUGGAGCAACGGGACAAAAUCCGCCGGGCACAGAAAACUAUUGUGAAAGAGACCUAUGGUGCCUUCUUGAACAGAUAUGGCAACGUGCCCUUCACCAAGAACCCUGAGAAAUACAUCAAAUACCAGGUGGACCAGGUGGGGGAGAUGAUUGAGAAGCUAUUUGACACAUCAGCAUAAAUUUCCAGCUGUUGUGAACUCUCCAGAUGCCAAGUACAAGCCAAUGCUCUCUCAGCAGCCCUUGGGACUCCCUUCCCUUCUCCCCUGCCCCAUUGUGGUGGGCAGGGUGUUAUACUUGUAUUUAUCAGAUUUAUAAACCUGUGGAAACACUAA